AUGGAGAGGGAGAGAAAGGGUGUUUGGGUCAAAAGUUGUCCACAAAUGGCGGGCUCUGGGCCUUCCCGUUUUACCUCCCUACUCCGUCACUCCUUCCCUCUUGGACUUCUCCCACUACUUGUCUUCAUGGCUAAUCUCCCCAACUUGCGGCGCCUUUUCGUCGAGGCUCGGACGGAGGUCGAGGAGAACGAGUACUCCCGCACGGCUUUCUAUAACCUGGUACUCUUCAUCUCCUCCGUCGCUGUAUUCAGUUUGGCCGCCCAGCGCAUGAGCGGGACUAAAUCCGUCAAAUAA